CGUGGAAGCGCGUUGGUGCUAGGCUGUGCUGCGUUUGCUGAAUUUCAGAAAAGUGUCUGAAGAUGUCUAACGGAGCACUGUCAUCCGACACACCUGUUGCGCGGCUUUGCCAUAUAAUACAGUGGAAGCAUUUCGAUGGUUAUGGAUUCAACUUACAUGCUGAGAAGGGGAAGCCAGGACAGUACAUCGGCAAAGUCGACGAAGGUUCACCAGCUGAAGCCGCCGGUCUGAAAGAAGGUGAUAGAAUAAUAGAGGUCAAAGGUGUAAAUAUUGCCAAUGAAAACCAUAAGCAGGUAGUUCAGGGGAUUAAGGCAAUCCCCAACGAAACAAAACUUUUGGUAGUUGAUGCUGAAGCAGAUAAAUAUUACAAAGCAAACAAUAUCACUAUUAAGAGCGGUUCACCCGAUGUUAAGUACCUGAAAACACCAAUGCCAGACGCAGACAAUUCAGAUGAUACAGAUGAGAAGAAGUCUGGAAAUAAUGAAGAUGGUCAGAUUGAUGCAGUCGCUAAUGACAAGAAAUCAAGUGAUGCUGGAAGUUCAAAUACUACUCCGUCAACAGACAGGAAGAGUAGUAGCAGUCAUGUCUCCGAGCAUGGAAAUGAUUCCAAUACAGUGCAAGAGGUAAAUUCAAAAUCUCCUGGGGCAGGAAGUAACAAUAGUACUUUAGAGCGCAGUAGUGCUAACAGUGGGAUUAAUCUGAACGUGUCAGCAAAGGAACUACGAGAGAAACUUGCAUCUCGUAAAAAAUACGAUCCGAAAAAGGAAAGUAUGGAUUUCAAGAAGAAGUUCGAAAUAGUUCAAACUUUGUGAAUGGACAAUCAGUUGCUGAUGAGAGUGAAACAAAAACCGCACAAAAUCUGAUCUGAAGGAAAGAACUUAUUUUUAGUGUAUUUUUAACGGUCGUCUACAUUCCAGUUCGCUGCAUUGAAUAAUGGAAAUUUCUUAUUUGGUUUGGGAUGUAAUGCUUAGUUAAGUUAUACUGAAUAGUAAUUGGGUUUUUCACUAAUUACAGUUCCAUCUUCAUUAUGCACUGGAAUCGUCUCUGACAUUGUUUCCAGUUAAGCAUUAGUUAAUGAACAUUUAAGACAAUAUUUGUCGUGGUAAACAUUCCAUUGUUGUGUGUUGUAGAUAUAUUUUUAAAGAUGAGGGCUUGCAUUUUAAUUGUUGCUCUCUGAUGUUAUUCUGAACUCAGCUGCAGUAAGCAAAUAAUUUUUUUUGUGUGUAGCUCGAAGAACUGCAUAGUCUGGUGUAACUUCGAGAUCAGACUGUCAAAACAACUCUUGAUUUCCAACUUUUCAACUUAAUAAUUUUUCUCAGUAAGGCUCAAAAGGUUUUUUGCCCAACUCAUAUGCAGGUGAGGUGACUUACAAGUAGCACUUGUUGAAUUGUGCACUGCUAUUGAUAAAAUUCAGUCACCUUGACAAGACUGCAAUAGUCUUAAACAGCUGUAUGGAUAGAAUCAGUAUUGUCUAUUAAUGCUUUUUUAUCUGAAUAUGGAGUCAUAACAUGUUUCUUGGUAGUGGCUAUGGGCAUGUUUCCAGUGGCAGUGCAUUAGAAGUAAAAAAAAUUGCAGUAAAUGAUCGUAUGUUAGCCCUAACUUAGUUUGGCCAUUUUCUGGGUCACACAUUGUUUUGUUGUGCUGAUGUACAGUGCUUCAAUUAAUCAGUGCCUUAUCCUCUAGUCUCAGUGCACACGUUAGAGCCAGUUUCACGAACUUUUCCUUGGAAAGGAUAAAUAGGUGCAUUCUGGAAAAGAUCAUACGCUUCUGCAGCUUUUGCAGAAUUGUUGAAUGUUUAAUGAUAACCUUGAGCUACAAUGCUGUUAUAUUUUUGAUAGUUUUUACAUAUACUGUGCGCACACUUCUGUGCACAUUGAAAAUAUUUUAUUAAACUCUAUAAUAUGGAAAUGAUAUACUAAAAUGUUAAAAGGUUAUGAAAAAUGGUGAAUAUUUUUGUAGUAAAAUGCCGAACUAUGGAAUAUAGUUAAUUCUGCUUUUGUAGAAUAUCGAAUGCAGCUCAUUAAAAAUUAUGCUGUAGGAUUGGCAGAAAUUGCCCCAGGAAAAAUAUAGUUUACAGCGUGAUGCACAAUAAGACUGUAACAAAGAGCUUCACUUAAUAUGAACCUAUACUUUGAGAUGUGACCAUAUGUUUUCAGAAGCAUAGCUUUAACACCAAAAACUUUACAAAGUAUUUGAUAACUGUGUUUUAUUGUUUCUUGAAUUAGAAUGUAUCAUACAUCAGAGUCAUAUCAAUAUAUUUUUGUCGUGACUUACAAGUGUAUAAAUAUUAUUUAAAAUACAUCU